AUUUCUCAUUCAUCGAAAGGUAUCGGUCUUCCCUUUGCUGCCGAUGGUGGAGGCCGAAGCAAGCCAAAUUAAAACAACUCGUUGAUCAUCGUUAUUUCCAGAGAGGAAUUUUGACAGCCAUUCUUGUCAACACUCUCAGCAUGGGCAUCGAAUACCACAACCAGCCAGAAGAACUCACCUUCAUCGUAGAAGUGAGUAACUUGGUGUUUACUGGAAUUUUCGGUUUUGAAAUGUGCCUCAAGAUACUUGCUGAAGGGCUGUAUGGUUACAUCAGCAGUGGCUACAACGUAUUCGAUGGUGUUAUUGUGAUACUCAGCAUAGUGGAACUGUGUCAGAGCAGCGGGAGUGGUUUAUCUGUGCUCCGGACAUUCCGCCUUUUAAGGAUAUUGAAGCUAGUUCGCUUCUUGCCUGCUCUUCGGCGGCAGUUAGUCAUCAUGCUGAGGACCGUCGACAACGUGGCAGUUUUUUUCGCCCUGCUUAUACUCUUCAUAUUCAUUUUCAGCCUCUUGGGCAUGCAUUUGUUCGGAGGUAGAUUUUGCAGACGGGGAGAUGGUCGCGGUAUGUGCACAUGUGAGGAAUUGCAGAAGCCAGAUGCCUACUGCCAUUGCGACAGAAUGAAUUUCGACAAUUUUCUCUGGGCGACGGUUACAGUGUUUCAGAUCUUAACUCAAGAAGACUGGAAUAUUGUCUUAUUCAACGGAAUGGAAAGGACGUCUCACUGGGCUGCUUUGUACUUCGUAGCGCUCAUGACAUUCGGAAACUACGUUCUUUUCAAUCUACUGGUUGCUAUCCUAGUGGAAGGCUUCUCUGCAGAGGAUGAAAGGAAAAGGAGUGACGAAUCUAUUGAUCAUGAAGAAGAGCAUAAGCAGGUCAAAAAGACGAAAUCCCCCAGAAAAGAAUCAUCUCGGCAUGGCCGUCAUUCGAGAUACUCACCAGAGAACGGGCCAAAUCACGGUCAAGAAGCUGUGCGUUCUCCCCCCAUCAUAACGCACACGGCAGCUACCCCUCAGGGUUCUCCCAACAACACUCUAGAGCCCUUAAUGAGGGAUCUUAAGGACAGAUUGACUCCGCUAAUGGCUUUCAGCGUCCCAGGGCAGUCUUUCGAAUCUAUAGAUAAAACCUCGACUGCGAUGACUACCCAAGACUCAAGUAGCCAGUCUCUGUCCCGUAGUCAGAGAACAAGCGUUGGAAGUGAUUUACUUAUGUAUGUGCCAAAUUAUACAGUUCCUACAUCCCCCUUACCAAACAGAGAAGAAGCUUUCGACAUUAAUUUAGCCGUGAAGCACGCAGUCGCUCGGAUGCCGUGCGAGGAGGAAAAUGGAGAAGAAUUUACAGAAGGAGAUUACUCAAUAUUAAAGUUGAAAGACUGUGAAGAAGCAGAUACUAUUUUCGAAGAAGAACUUCAGUGUCCGGGCGCCUUAAAGAGCUUAAAUGAAACUAAAAAUUCCACUCGGGUACAUGUCCUUAAUCAUCGUCAUUGCAAUGGAGGUGUGCCACUUCUGAAAGAGGGGAACACUGUGAUCUUAAAGGACACUGAAGUCCAUUUGACUGAAAAGGACAUCAGUCCGCAGUAUUCUUUAAGAAGUCAAGACUCUGUUCCCAUCGAAGGCAGCAUAGCCGUUCGAAGGGAUUCCACAGAAACUCGCCCAACUUGUAGUAGGCACAAUUCCUUAAACAGUGGUCAUCUUUAUCCGCCCCUAAGUCGCCAGAGUUCUCUGACAAGCGUGAGCUUAUUUCCCAGUCGCCAGAACUCCAUGAGUGGCACAUCAGCUAAAGAUAAUCUGGGUGACGCUGGCUUUGUAGCUUUGGAGGAAGACAUUGUACCACCCCCUGACUGCAAAAAUGACAAGUGUGAAAUCACUGAAAAGCUAUGCUGGAUCGUGGAACCUACGGGCUGGAUUAAGAAGAGAGAAAAUUACUCAAUAUUCUUAUUUCCCCCAUCUAAUAAGUUUCGUCAGAUAUGUAAUACAUUCGCCUCCAAGAAAGGUUUCGAUUAUGGAGUUCUAUUUUUCAUAUCCUUAAAUUGCAUCACUCUCGCUAUGGAGAGACCAACGAUACCACCAGGCAGUUUGGAAAGAAAUAUCUUAACAGCAGCAAAUUACAUGUUCACUGUCGUCUUUGCCAUUGAGAUGUUUAUUAAGGUGAUUGCGAAGGGUCUGUGGUACGGAGACCGAGCGUACUUCAAGAGUGGAUGGAAUGUAAUGGACGGAUCUCUGGUGAUCAUUUCCCUGGUUGAUUUCUGUCUCUCUUUCAUCGCUGACGGUAGCCCUCGGAUAUUUGGUAUUUUGAGGGUUUUCCGUCUUCUGCGCUCAUUGAGGCCGCUCAGAGUCAUCAACAGAGCUCCUGGACUAAAACUUGUAGUCCAGACUUUGUUAUCCUCGCUUCGACCCAUCGGAAACAUCGUUCUCAUUUGCUGUACAUUCUUUAUCAUCUUUGGCAUUUUGGGCGUUCAGUUGUUUAAAGGCAGCUUAUACUAUUGUGAAGGGCCUGAUGUAAGACAUGUAAAGAACAGAACAGACUGCGAAUCGGAUGAGCGAAACCAAUGGGUAAAUCAACGCUACAACUUUGAUAACCUGGGACAAGCUUUGAUGGCACUGUUCGUGCUUUCAUCGAAAGAUGGUUGGGUGAAUAUCAUGUAUACUGGUUUAGAUGCAGUUGGCGUUGAUCAACAGAAAUGAGAGAACCUCCAUACUACAUUAAUUAUUCGAAACCACGUCUUCUCACUCAUAACAUCAUCACUAGUAAAUAUUUUGAUCUGGC